CGUAGUCUUGCAACGCUGAGAGGCGGAAGAAAAAAAAAGGCCUCGGCCGAAGCCCGGGACUGGGUUGAACGGUGGAGGCCGGUCCCGAGCGCCUUCUCCGGGGCCUCCCCGCGACGGCGGAAGCGGCGGCCUCCUCUUUCUCGCCCACCGCGCCUCGCCUCGCCUCCCGCGCGCCAAGAUGGCGGCCGAGGUGGACUUCGGCGACCGCGAGCUCUUCCAACAGCUGGAGGCCGACGAGGAGGCGCCCGCUCUGGGGCCCGGCUCGGCAGAAGAAGCGGCGGAGCUCCGCGAGCGCCUGAGGGACUCCGAGGAGACCGUUAGGCAGCUGCAGGCGGAGAAUCAGGAACUCAGAAGAAAACUGAACAUCCUGACUCGACCAAGUGGACUAACCGUGGAUGGAUUUGAUGGGCCUUUGUUACAGAUCUUGUUCAUGAAUAAUACUGUUUCAAAGCAAUAUCAUCAAGAAGUAGAAGAGUUUGUAUCCAGUUUAGUUCAGAAAUACGAGGAGCGGCGGAGGAGUGAAUUGGACAAGACCUGCUUCAAUGUUAAGCCGCAGCCUUCUAGCUUUGUCCUGGAAGAGGAUCAUAAAGUAACAAGCUCAAAUGUGUCCAAAAAAGUCAAAGAGGCUUUUAGCGUUGUAGGAAGUGUUCUCUAUUUUACCAAUUUUUGUCUUGAUAAACUGGGGCAGCCUAUAUUAAAUGAAAAUCCUCAGCUCACAGAUGGAUGGGAAAUACCCAAAUACCAGCAAGUUUUCACGCAGAUUCUUUCUCUAGAUGGACAAGAGAUACAAGUAAAGUCUAAAAGACCCAAAUCUCACUGUUUCAACUGUGGCUCUGAAGAUCACCAGAUUAAAGAUUGCCCAGAGCCACGAAACUCUGCCCGCAUAAACGAAAAAAGAAAAGAGUUUAUGGACGCCUGCGGAGAAACCGGCAGCCCAAAUUUCCAGCAGAGAUAUCACGCGGAUGAAGUGGAAGAGCGGUUUGGACGCUUCAAACCAGGAAUAAUCAGCGAGGAACUCCAGGAUGCCCUCGGUGUCACCGAGAAGACGCUUCCUCCCUUCAUCUAUCGCAUGCGGCAACUGGGUUAUCCGCCAGGCUGGCUGAAAGAGGCAGAGAUGGAGAAAUCUGGCUUAACGCUCUACGACGGGAAAGCAUCGCCCAGCAGUGAGGCCGAGGAGGAAUCUCACCCACAUGAGAACCCGUGUGUCUCUUACGAUCUCUCCAAGUUGAUCAACUACCCGGGUUUUAACAUGUCCACCCCAAGUGGGGUGACAGACGAAUGGAGGAUGUUCGGCUCGGUACCUCUUCAGCCAUCCCAGCAGAAAGAAAUUUUUGCUCAUUAUCUUACCACUUAUCAUUCGGCCAGUCUCAAAGCCAGGCACAAAAGGUCUCCCUCUCAUCAGAGCUCCCAUCAUUCGAAACGGCAGAAAGGAACCAGCGCCGAUGUCUCGCCAGCCGACAUGGAGAUCGACUCCGAUCUAGAAAUGCCCCAUAGCUCUCCCGCUUACGAUGGCUUCCACUUCCAACCUCCGUUGCCUCCGGGGUCUCCGCUGACGGCCACUCCCCCCCCUCUGCCGCAGGGCACCCCUCCAGGUAGUCCCCCCAGCCUGACUCCUCCUCCUCAACCGCUGUCUUGUGUGCCAGCAGCCCUGCCUCGCGACACCCCGCCUUGGACGCCGUCUGCCUCGCGGCCGGAGGAUUCCACCAUGGAUGAAGACACCUUGACCCUGGAAGAACUGGAGGAGCAGCAGCGGCUGAUUUGGGCGGCCCUCGAACAGGCGGAGAGCGCCAACAGCGACUCGGACCUCCCUGCCGUGACUCCCAUGGCCGGCAACUCCGGGACGUCGUCCCCCUGCAGGACGGAGCCCUCCGUUCCCCUGGAGGAAGCGGCCCCCCAGCAGCUGGAGGUCUCCAAAGCUGAACCCGAUGACAAACCUGAGCAGAUACCCCAGACUACCGAAGAACCUGGUCCUCAACAGGCCAUUGAACUGGUGGAUUUAACAACCGAGGCGGAAGCCAUUCCCACAGACUCUGAAGGCCAAGUCCAAACCUGCUCCUCGGAUCCCGCCGGCCACCUGAAUCACAGCGACGCCCCCGCGAUUCCCGAUGCCAGCGAGCCGCCCUCCUCCAAACCCCCCGGCCUCGUUCCCGACAUGAGCAAGUUUGCCGCGGGAAUCACCCCUUUCGAAUACGACAACAUGUCAGAGUCCACUGGGACUUACCUCCGAAUAAGGAGCGUGCUGAAAAAAUACCCAAGAAGCCAGCUGAAGAAUAAGAAGCUCUCCCUUUAACAGCCCGACUCGGGCCAGGGACAAAAAAACAAACAAAAUCAGGAUUUGGGUGCUUUCCCCUUAAAGCACAAAUCAAGAGCAGGAGACGGAAAUCGGGGGGGGGACGGGCUUCCAUUUUGACCUCGAACCAGGACUGAUACUUCCACAGAUACACAAAAGUUUUGUGAAUCUUCUCCAAUCCUGCAUUAAAGAUACCCCUGAAUUUUUUUUCUCCCCCCAACUUGGGGUCAAAAUACAUCCUUGCCUCUCUCUACCAACCGAGGUUUUUGUCUCUGCCAGACUUGUGCUUUCCACAGGGAGCUGAUAGUUCUUGAAAUACAUUUACUGUCCGCGGCUUUUGAAAGGACCUCGUGUUUUUUUUUUUUUUUUAAUGUUUCCCCUCAAAUUGUUGUGGCGAUCCGACGGGAAUAAUCAGGGAUGAAUCAACCAUUCUCUUUACAUCCUUUUUAAAAAGUUUUUUUAAAGUGAUUUAGGGGAUUUACUUUUUUUUUUUUUAAACAACACUGGCUUUUUGUUUCGGUAACAUCGUCAUCUUUGAACUUGCUGUACAUAUAUUUGUGCUUGUGUACAGGGGUUUAAUAAAAAGAUUUUUUUCAUAA